UGCAAAUAAACUCUCAAAGCUAACUGAUAAACAAAUUGAUGUAAUUAUAAACUAUUAUACUACCAAAAUACUAGUGCGUGACCAAAAGUUUCGCACUUACAUGACAGAAUCUACUCUAAAAUCCAGAUUUAAUCCGAGUAAUAACAAAAAUCACAUGACCAAACUAUCUAGCUUGAAAGAUGUAUCAAAUAUUAAGGCAAGUAUAUCUGCUAAAUCAUCUCAUGCCUCUAGUUCAGAAGAUAUAAUAAGUGAGGAUAACAAAUCUUCAUUGAAUACUAAUAACAAUAACUAUAUUCUACAGGAUAAUAUUUUACUGGAAACAAAUCCAAAGGAUUUAACUGAGGUGAGUAUAUUGCUUGAAAAGGUUUCAUCAGAAACAGAGGAUUCAUAG